AUGGCUACCUCCCGAUCGACAACCGCUCGUCGGUUAAUAUCACUAUCAGUACAACACACGCGAUGCUACUCAGCUCCCACCGACGGCGCAAUUCCACCCAACAAGGCCAAAUAUGUCCCCACCGAAGGAACCUAUCCCAAGGGCUUUGUCGUCGGUAGCGCUCAUGCACAAGUCAAGCCUUCAAACACAAGGUUCGACGACCUCGCCCUGAUCGCCUCCGAAAAGCCCUGCUCGGCCGCCCUGGUCACCACCCAGAACCAUUUCCAGGCUGCUCCCGUGAGCAUCAGCAAGAAGAUCAUGUUCCAACACCAGAGCAAGAGCAUCAGAGGCGUCGUCAUCAACUCUGGAUGCGCCAAUGCUGUCACAGGAAAGGGUGGACGUGAAGAUGCCAUCCGCAUGGCCAAGCUCACCCACGACCUCUUGAACAAGCGCAACCCGAGUCCACACGACAAGACUGCCGAAGUCGAAGCCAAAGAAAAGGUCAAAGAAGGCGCUGUCAAGAUAGCCGAAGACGAUCAAGACGUCUCCAGUAUCCGCACCCUGGUCAUGAGUACUGGUGUCAUCGGACAGCGCCUCCCCAUUGACCGCAUCGAAGCCAACAUUCCCACCCUCGUCGAGUCUCUGGGCAAUACACACGACCACUGGCUCCGCUCAGCCCGUGCCAUUUGCACUACCGACACUUUCCCCAAGCUUCUCUCUCGCCAAUUCACCCUCCCUUCGUACCCCGGCAUCACCUUCUCCAUCGCUGGCAUGACCAAGGGAGCUGGCAUGAUCCACCCCAACAUGGCCACCCUUCUCGGUGUCAUCUGCACCGACGCGCCUAUCCAAAAGACUGCCUUGAGGGUGCUGCUCUCUACUGCCACAAACUCGUCCUUCAACCGCAUUACUGUGGAUGGUGAUACCAGCACAAAUGACAGUGUCGCUCUGUUCGCAAACGGUAUGGCCGCUCCCGAGAGCGAGCCCGUCCGUCUCAACCACCUCGACCCGAAGGAAGUCCCUACCAAAGGCAACUCUCUGAUUGGACAAAGACUCGAGAGGCAGUCAGAAGAUUACAAGGAGAUGAACAAGGUCUUGACAUCCUUCAUGGAAGAUCUGGCCAAGCUCAUCGUCCGUGACGGCGAAGGAGCUACCAAGUUCGUCACUGUCAAAGUAACCAAGGCCGACAACGACACUGUUGCCCAUACUGUGGCCAACUCCAUCGCUACCUCCGCUCUCGUCAAGACAGCGCUCUACGGCAAAGACGCCAACUGGGGUCGCAUCCUCUGUGCGAUUGGAUACGCUCCAGGAAAGACCUGCAUUCGUCCCCAACAGACUUCUGUCUCCUUCAUCCCUGCCGACGGCUCCGAGGAGCUCAAGUUGCUGGUCAACGGCGAACCUCAGGCUGUCGACGAGGCCCGCGCUGCUGCCAUUCUCGAGAUGGAGGACCUGGAGAUCCUCGUCAAACUGAGCAACAAGGAAACGGAUGUUGGUGCAGCCACUGUCUACACCUGCGACUUCAGCCACGAGUACGUCACUAUUAAUGGCGACUACAGGACCUAG